AUGGAGCGGGCGCGGCGCCUGGCUGCCGAGGAGGACCUGUUCCACACGAGCCUGGGCGCGGCGGCCAAGAGGAUGGAGUCCGCCUUCCGCUCGCCCCCGGGGCUCGACCUGGCCGCCCACCAGCCGCAGCCCCGCCAGGCGCCCUCGCCCCUCGGCUGCUACGAGGCGGCCGAGGCGGAGGCGCUGCUGCGGGAAGGGGCGGCCGGGGCGCUGGGCGCCGGAGACCCGCUGGGCGUCAAGUUCGGGCCGAGCGGGACCAGCCGCAGCUCGGCGGCCGAGAGCAGCGGCGGCGAGCAGAGCCCCGACGACGACAGCGACGGCCGCUGCGAGCUGCUGCUGCGGGGCCCGGGCGGCGGCGGCGGCGGGGGCGCGGGGGGCGCCCUGUUGAAGACGCCCGAGGGCGGCGCCUGCUCCAACAGCCACCACGGCGGCGGCAAGAAGUCCAAGGAGCAGAAGGCGCUGCGCCUCAACAUCAACGCCCGCGAGCGGCGGCGCAUGCACGACCUGAACGACGCGCUGGACGAGCUGCGGGCCGUCAUCCCCUACGCGCACAGCCCCUCGGUGCGCAAACUCUCCAAGAUCGCCACGCUCCUCCUGGCCAAGAACUACAUCCUCAUGCAGGCGCAGGCCCUCGACGAGAUGCGCCGCCUCGUCGCCUAUCUCAACCAGGGCCAGGCCAUCUCCGCCGCCUCGCUGCCCGGCUCGGCCGCCGCCGCUGCCGCCGCCGCCGCCGCCGCCUUGCACCCGGCCCUCGGGGCCUACGAGCCGGCGGCCGCCGGCUACCCCUUCAGCGCCGGCCUGCCCCCCGCCACCUCGUGCCCGGAGAAAUGUGCCAUUUUCAACAGCGUCUCGUCCAGCCUCUGCAAGCAGUGCACGGAGAAGCCUUAA